GGACCGAGCGAUCCAGCGAAUCAGUGCCGUGGUUUGAACCGAGCCGCUAACACAUGACCUCCUUCGUUCACCGGCUCCUCCGAUCCCCGUGACUGUUUCGUGUACCGUCCAGUGCGUUCUCAGACGGAGAUAAUCCAGCUUUCGCAAUUUUUAAUACGAACCCCAGUUUUUAGUCUUGAAUUUGAAGUUGGCGUUUGCUUACGUGGUCCAGCGCUCGGCCCUCGUCGAAUGAGUUAAGAACUCGACUGUUAAAAUGUCCGGAGGACCCUCUCCAUUGCUCCAACUCUCGCUGCUUUGCGUGUUCGUGGCGAGGAGUGUUUAUGGGGAAGGAAAAUGUGUGUGGUAUGGUGAGUGCGGUUUGAACGACGCUAGACAAAGUCUGAACUGUGCCUACGAUGGGCCCCCGAAACCGUUCUCGAACGCAUCAAGUCUCUCGGUGCUCCGCAAAUUCUGUCCCUCACUUCUCGGAGAAAAUCCAGAUGCGAAGGAGUUCUGCUGCGACGACACGCAGCUACAGACUCUGAGUACGAACGUGAAAAUAGUCUCGAGUUUCUUGAACCGAUGUCCAAGUUGCAUGAGCUCGUUCAUGGAGGGCAUUUGCGCCAUCGCUUGCAGCCCCGUCCAAGCGCAGUUCAUCAACGUGACGCGCACACAGCCCGCUUCACCCUCGAAGCCCGAUGUUCCUGUAGUCACCGAAAUUGACGUCUAUAUGUCAAACACAUACCUAAAUGGUGUUUUUGACUCUUGCAAACAAGUAUCAAUGCCCUCAUCUGGUCAGCUUGUCCUAGAUUUCAUGUGUGGAUCCUGGGGUGCCUCUCGAUGCACACCUCACAAGUGGUUCAGAUUCAUGGGGCGCAGAGAACAAAAUCCAUUCGUCCCUUUCAACAUUAACUAUUUUUCCUCUGACGAGCCAAUCAAGGGUUUCUUGCCGUUUAAUGGUACCAUCAUUCCUUGCAACGCAGCCGCUCAUCCUGGUGGAAGACCUUGCAGUUGUCUUGAUUGUGAGGCAAGUUGUCCACGGCCAACGAAAACAGAACAACCGGCUCCCAAAAAAGUAGAGAGUUCAUCAAGGGUCAAGUCAAUACUCUUUUUAUUUGCCUCCACUUUGAGUAUCAUGGUAGCUUUCUGGGGAAUCACUUAUGUCACACAAUUUUAUAAGCAGAAAAAGAAUUUUACAGAGGAUGAUGUUAUGAAAAAACUUGGGGACAAGCUAGAGAUAUGUUUAGAAAAUAUUUUUUACCAAAUUGGACUGGUUUGUGCAACAUACCGUUUCUUGACUCUUAUUGUAUGCGGAAUCAUUUGUUUGUGUCUUGGCGCUGGGAUUUUCCAACUGAGAGUAACGAUAGAUCCAGUUGAGCUGUGGGCUGCACCCCUAAGUCAAUCACGAAUCGAAAAAGAGUAUUUUGACAAACACUUCCAACCGUUCUAUCGUGCUCAGCAAGUUAUCAUCAAAGCAGUGGACCUUCCUCCGGUUCAGCAUUUUACUGCAUCUGGUCCUGUUGAAUAUGGACCAGUAUUCAACAAAGACUUCCUGAUGGCAGUGAAAAAACUGCAAGAUCAAAUUGAAAUGAUCGGUCAACCUGACGAAGGAUUGAAUAAAAUAUGUUCCUCUCCAAUGGCGACUCCUGAUUCACCACCCUCGACAGUUAGCAAAUGUUUGAUCUUCAGUAUCUGGGGUUACUAUCAAAAUAGUGAGGAGACGUUCGAAGACUUGUCUACCACUGACCCAGAUGGAUACGAAAUAAACUAUCUCGAUCAUUUCAAAGCAUGCUCCCAGAACACUUUGAAUCCUCUUUGUUUAGCGCCUUACGGUGGACCUGUGGACCCCGGAGUUGUCCUAGGCGGGUUUCUCAAGAAAGGAGAACUACUCACGAAAACAACCUCCUACACAAAUGCAUCUGCUGUCACGAUCUCAAUCCUCAUAAACAAUCACUAUGACAAGUCAAAACUAGGUCCUACUUUAAAAUGGGAAAAACGCUUUAUAGACUUCAUGCAAAACUGGACAAUAAAUGAAAAGCCAUCAUUUAUGGACGUCUCGUUUUUCUCUGAAAGAUCAAUUGAAGAUGUUCUUGAGAGUGAAUCACGUUCCGAAAUUGUGACUGUUGCAGUCAGUUAUGGAAUUAUGUUCAUUUACAUAGCUACUGCUCUUGGAAAAAUUACAAGUUUUUCGCGUCUAUUAGUUGACAGCAAAAUAACUCUUGGAUUCGGAGGGAUUAUUAUUGUUUUGAUCUCUGUUGUCUGUUCUGUUGGUUUGUUUGGAUACCUUCAGGUUCCUGCCACACUUAUCAUUCUUGAGGUGAUUCCUUUCCUGGUACUUGCUGUUGGUGUGGAUAACAUGUUCAUAAUUGCACAGAAACAUCAGCGGGUUCAGCGUCACCAAACUGAAACGUCAGAACAGCACACAGCUAGAGUUCUCUCAAUAGUGGGGCCUUCAAUAUUGCUGACAAGUGUCUCUGAGUUUUGCUGCUUUAUUAUUGGGAGCUUAUCUGGCAUGCCAGCUGUAAAGGCGUUUGCUCUUUAUGCUGCAUUUGCACUUCUAAUUAAUUUUAUUCUUCAGAUAACCUGUUUCAUCAGUUUACUUCAAAUUGAUGCAUCACGCUACCAGGUUGGACGCUUGGAUGUACUUUGUUGCUUUUUCUCAAACGAUACGAAAAGUGCUCUGUCUGAUGGACCCUUAUACAGAUUUUUCAAAAAAUUCUACUCGCCUUUCAUCUUGAGUGGGCCCAUGAGGAAGAUUGUAAUGGUUGUAUUUUUCAUCUGGUUCAGUUUUGCUAUCUCUUUGGUACCCUCAAUCAAUGUCGGAUUGGAGCAGGAAUUGGCGAUGCCUGAAGAUUCUUACGUUCACAAAUAUUUGAAGUCAUUGAACUCAUAUUUGGCAAUUGGACCUCCGACUUACUUCGUGCUGACCGAAGGCUUGGACCUUGCCAAAACUGACGUUCAGAAUGCUAUUUGCGGAGGACCAUCCUGUGAUUCUGAUUCGCUAACAUCUCAGAUAUAUGUGGCCUCUAGAAUGGUCAAUGAGACUUUCAUAAGUAAGCCUGCAAUGUCCUGGUUAGAUGACUACUAUGAUUGGUUGAGCGUUCCAGGUUGUUGCUGGCAACAUUCCAAUAGUUCUUUCUGCCCGAACACCGAUGCCUUGACUAAAGGUUGUCAUCAAUGUGACAUCACCCUGGAUCCAAGUUUGAAUCGACCAAACUCAUACAUUUUCCAACAAUAUUUGAGCUAUUACCUUCAAGAUAAUCCGUCGGUUACAUGCUCUAAAGGUGGACAUGCUCCUUAUGCUGCGGGUGUCAACCUCGAAGUAAAGGAUAAUAAAGGAUUUGUCGGUGCAAACUAUUUUAUGGCAUUCCAUAAAAUUUUGAAAACAUCGCAAGACUACACUGCAGCACUUCAAGGAGCUCGGAAAGUAGCUGAAAAUAUUACAGCCAUGAUACACUCGAAAAUUCCGAACAGUGAAAAUGUACAGGUCUUCCCCUACAGCUUUUUCUACGUUUUUUACGAGCAAUAUUUGACGAUGUGGCAAGAUACCCUGUCAAGCCUCUCUUCCUCUCUUGUGGCUAUCUUUGUAGUUACUUUUGUUCUGAUGGGCUUCAAUGUCUUAUCCUCUGUCAUCACAGUUCUUACAAUUGUGAUGAUCAUAGCAAGCAUGGGAGCGCUCAUGUUUUUGUGGGAUGUGUCCCUCAACGCCAUUUCAUUGGUUAAUCUAGUCAUGGCUGUAGGAAUAUCAGUAGAAUUCUGCAGUCAUAUGGUGCAUGCAUUCACUGUCUCUGAAGAAUCCAGCGCUGUCCAGCGAGCUGUUGAUGCCCUGAAUAAUAGUGGAUCAUCGAUAUUUUCCGGCAUUACCCUAACUAAAUUUGGCGGAAUCAUAGUACUUGGAUUUGCCAGAUCUCAAAUCUUCCGGGUUUUUUACUUUAGAAUGUACUUAGGCAUAGUUUUGUUUGGUGCAGCCCAUGGCCUCAUCUUUUUACCCGUGCUUCUCAGUUAUAUAGGUCCAAGCGCACUUGGUCAGAAGGUGAGCAUGGAAAGUGAAAUGGUCAAGGUGCCAAGUGAUCCCAUGGCAAGUCAGAAAAUAAAUCUAACCGGAAAUGGAACCAACAAUCAUGCAGAACCAUAAUCAGUGAUGUAGGAACAAUUUCCGGACUAGGAAAUAAUUCUCUCUAAAAGAUCUCUGUAGUUUUUAAGUUGGUUAUUAGGUAAUUACAGCAGUCCUUUACUUAAAACCACCCAAUUUCUUUUAGUUUUAAUAGUUACCGUUAUAAUUUUUUUUAAUCAAAUUUUUCAAGUUUGUAACCACGAAAUGAAACUUGUUUUUAUAGAAAAAAAAACUACAGCUAUUGAUUUGACUCAGAUUUUUAAGCACUUUUUUCUUUCAAGGAAUCUCCACACAGGGGGAAAAAAACCAAAAAAACAGGUAACAAUUGAUUGUCGAUAUUAAGGCAAAAUCAGAGGAAAAGUUCACACAGGGAAAACAAGAGCCAAAAAAUCUGUUAAAAAUUGUGUGCCAUGACUGAGGCAAAAUCAGAAGUUACCCUCGGCAUUUUUAUUCAAACGCUCAAUCUUGUUCUCAAAACCAUUAAAAUCAAACUCUGUCAAAUUCCGCCAAUGUAAAAUCUAAGAACAAAAUUUGCAGUCAAUUGUAAAUAUAAUGCGGCCCUAAAUUUACCAUAAAAAUUAAGUUUUUAUCCCUGAAACUCAUUUUUCGUAUAUAAUUAUUUACAUGUAAAAUUAAAAAACCGUUCUGCCAAAAGGGCACAAAGUAAUCUUUAAAAAUACUUAAACACUCCUCUACUAUUUUAUUACAGCCAAACCCCUUUGCUAUUUUGCAUUUGAGGGUAAUCGUUUUUAUGUCUGUAGUAGCAGAUAAAAGAAAGUGUCCAAAACCUUUCCAUGAAAAAAUGAUUUUUUUUUCUUUUACAAAUCAUACUUCUGGGGUACCUCCAUAUUCCAGAAAUCUCCUCUGCCCAGGAGGAUAAUUUUUCAGUUUGAGCUGUACUAUUAAGAAUGAAAACAAGAAAUAAUGAAGCAUAAAUGGAUCAUUCUAUUCAAGAGGUAUCGACUGUCAUUUAUUGUAAAAGUAUUAAUAAUUUACAAGUAUUUAUGAUUGUGUCAUGAAUUCGGCAAUAUGAGUCCCUCUCCCAAAAAGAGAUGCUCAAAUACUUCUAACAUCUUUGCGUGUAUGAUUCAUGUAUCAAUUAUUUCUUCUCAGCCUUGACUAUAGUCUCUUUUUGUUUUAAAUGAAAACCUAAUACAUCUAUUAUGAUCAACAAGGAAAAAGUCUGCGAAACUAGGUUAAAAAAAAAAAAAUUCUGGAAGACCGUGUAUUCUGUGCCUUCUGAAAUGAAUAGUGCCUUAUUUUACUUUUUCAAAUCAUAAGUUUCAUUUUUGCCUUUAAAUGAGGCAUUUCAAAGCUAGUGCAUGUUGAGUUUAAUGGUAAGAAUACUGUGUAAACUUAGUUCGCUAAUAUUAUGGUAAAUUUAAUUAUGUAUGAUUCAAAUCUUUUUGCACCAAGCAUCAGAAAAAUUUAACUCUCACAAGAAGUAUUUAACUCCAAACGGCCGUUUUUGAACCACACUGUGAUGAGUGUUCUAGUUUCUAGCUCUGAUUCCAGGAGAUCCUCUUUUUCUGUAACUGAAUGAACAUUUUUGUGAAAAUUCAAGCUUAGUUAAAAAGGAAGAAAGGAGGGAAACCAGAUUAAAAAAAGAAAUAAUUCUUUGUUAUUUUUGCACCCUCCAAUAAUCUGUAGAAGGAGUGUCUUAAACGGAGGCCAAAAACUUCGCGUUCAUUAAUUGAUAUUUUAUCCUAAAUAUUUGAAAGAAAGGAAAGCCUGACGUGAGAAGCCCACACAGCAUUAACUCGUAAUGAUACAUAUAGAAUUUAAUUUUUCAAUCUUUGAUAAAAUCUUCGAUGACUUUUGACACAGUUAUGGGUAAUAAUAGCUAUUGUUUUGCAUUUAAUUCAACUGCUUUCCUUACAAAUGAAGUAGAAUUGUUGUUUCCUUUUUGUAUAACAGAGAUAAAAAAGGCACUUUUGGCUUCUUUUUUUUUGUAGUUAUUUUGGUCAAAUUUUGAAGUGCAGAAAACUGUUUUCUCUUAUCAUGUACUACUAAAGCAUGUUUAGUCAAUAUCCUUUAAGUUGUUUCUCCUAUUUGUGAUUUUUAAAAUUCACUUCCAUUGAAAAAGUGUAAUCAAACAUGUAUUUUCCUUCAAGUAACGGAAACGUUAUAACCCAUAUAAGAUGUCAUUUUUGGUUAAAGUGCAAUAAUAUCUAGAUAUUCCGUAUCAUUCAAUCCUCUCCUGUAAUAAGACCCGUGUGUAACUGGCAAACAUUUGAAAUCCAAAAUGAUAUGAAAGUUUCUCGCAAAGAUUUUUUGGGACUUGUGAGUACUUACAAAGCAGGUCCCUCGACCAUGUGCUCGACAAUACUGUCUCUCACUUUGCCUUCUUCAAUAGCAACUUCAAUCUGUUCAGUGAAUUUAAUGCAGUUUUUUAGACGUUUAUAAUAUGAGGGACCGAGGGCUCUAAGGCGGUGUUGUUAAGCACAAAAAAGGGCUGACGGGAGAUGCAUGAAAUAAACGCAACUAAGCGUCACAUAAUUUAAGUAUGAUCUAUAGUAAGAAGUUUAGUGCUCUUUUUUUUUCAAAUUACCGUGCUAUCAAUUCCUUUUUGUUUGUAUGAAGUAAAGUUGGCGAAGAAGAAUUUUGAAUCUGAUGAAUUGAUCGCAUUGAGAACUCAAGUGAUUCUCUGAAACCUUAUCCUAGGUUGAUAAUCCACUUUUUCAGAUUUUUCUUCAAGUUUAAUUACUACUUGAUAAUUUUAUUUAGUGAAUAUUUUUUUACUUGACAGCCUUCAAAAAGGUAUCUGUGAUAUUAUCAGUACAAGGGACCCAUUGCAGCUGCUGAUUUUGUAGAUUAAUAAUGAGGAUUCCAUUGUUUGUAACUGUAAGAAUGUAAUUAAUGAAACCAAUAUGUCUUAUCAGGUAACUCUGUCAGCAAUGAUUUUUAUGAGCAUGUUUUUAAAAAAUAUGUAAAAUUCAUGCAGGAAGUAUACCUAUCAAGUGAUUUGUAUGUAACCAUCACAUAAAAUUUAUGCAAACUAAUGAGGAUAUUAGCACCGAAUUUUUUUGUAAACUGUGAAACAUUUUUAUCAAUGUCAAUUGACAUGCCAUUGAUUUUAAGUAAAUAUUUGUUUAAAUGUUUGGUAUAAUAUUAUUAAAUCAAAUAUACAAGAUCAUUCGUAAUGUAUUCGGUUAGCCGAAAAUAAAAAUAUCCAUGACAUCUAGGUCUCCAGGAAGAAUCCUAGUUAUUUCAACUUUUAGAUGUGCAUGUGUAUAUCUCACUCUAAAUUGUCUUUUAAAACUAAUGAAGUCUUUUGGCUGUAUGAAAAUUUUGAGAAUCUUAUUUCUUUUUUCACACACAAAAAAAAACAAAAAAAAAACUAGUCAUUGCCACCAGGGUAGAAGUUUUAGCACUAAUUGACAGUGAAAUGGCAGGAACGCAGAUAAGAAAUAAAUAUUAUCUCUGGAAAUUUUCUUCAUAGAUUUUUCUUCACUCAGAGCAGAAAAAUAAGAAAGGUUUUUACGAAGUGAUGUUGAGUCUUUUUCAAUUUCAAGGCAAAAGCAUUACAGGAAGUCCCAAUGCUGCAAAUUGACGUUUGCAUUCCUGCAGUUUCACUGUUGAAACGCUAUUAUAGUCCUGUUUCUUUGUAAAUAUAGCAUCUAACAGGACAAAACACUUUUCCAAGUUAGUUAAUUUAUUUUGCCUAAAAAAUGAUCGAAGAAAUUGUAUAUUAUUGUUACAAUUAAUUUAUUACUUUCAGACUAUCCUGUUUACAUUUUAUCAAAUUUUAGCACUAUUCCCGAGGUUUCAAACAAGGUUAUGGUGACAAAAGUAUAUACUAUUGCCUACAAGAUAAGGUGUCUCAACCAGCUUAAACAUCAUUUCUGUUCUUUAAAAUGUUGCUGAAGUGCUUAAGUGUAACCCUAAGUCUCAUUUUCCAAGGGAUACUUCUGAUACUUUUAACCCUUUCCUGAAUCUAAUUUCAAUUUUAAGCAGGGUUGCUUCGACUUUACUCUAAGUGUGUCCUAAGUAAAUGGGGGGAAUUUUGGCUCAGUGCCAUGUUUAGGCGCACUGCUUCUUUAGAUUGUAAUUCUUGUUGAAUCUAUAAAUGAGACUGAUAAGAAGGAGAAUUUUCUUCUGAAAGCUCUGCUUUUUUUCUAGCUACCUUUCUCAUCUUGUAGGUUAUAGUUUGCCGUAGGUACAAAUCAAUCUUUCUAUUGUCAUUUUGUUACUUACUAUUUUAUAUGAUCUUAUAAUUGAAUAAAAAGGUUAUGGAAUCAUUUUGA